CUUUUGUCUUGCGACUCUGGCCAGGUUGGGUGACUUUGUCUCUUCGCAUACGCCCAAAUCUCCUUGAUAUACUCCAUCCUAUCCAUCUCGCCCUUGUCCUCCCCAUAGUAUGGAUCUCGAAGAGCGACCUAGAUUGUCCGCCGAGGCAGAAAGAGAAGUCACCAGACUCUGGCGAACAUGGCGGACGGUGCUGGAGAUGUUACUAGACAGGGGCUACAACAUCGCUAGCUCCGAACUCACCAUCUCGCGCGACGAGUUCCAGCGCAAGUUUGGCGACCAGCAGACCGGACAUGCAGAACGACGCCUGAUGAAACUCCAAGCCUACCCAACUCCUGAGAUGAUUGCGCGAGACACACCACGACGGACCAAGGCCAACCCCGAGCCACAGACGACAGCAGGCCCCAUCUGGGUCGAAUUCAGCCCCGAGACGACCAUCGGUAUCAAACAUCUGCGGGCCUUUGCUCAGCAUCUCGACAGCAACAAGAUGACAACAGGAAUCUUCAUCACCAUUGGCCCCGUCACAGCUGCUGCUCUGCGCGCCUUUGAACCUUUAGCAGAACGCGGCAUCACCGCCGAACAUUUCCAAGAACAGGACCUUCUGGUCAACAUCACCAGACACGAACUGGUGCCCAAACACGUGUUACUGAGCGCCGAGGAGAAGAAAGUGCUUUUGGAUCGUUACCGCCUGAAAGAGACGCAGUUGCCCCGCAUUCAGUUCCACGACCCGGUCUCGCGGUACUUGGGUCUCAAACGUGGAAACGUGGUCAAGAUUAUCCGGAAGAGUGAAACUGCCGGUCGAUAUGCCAGUUAUCGGUGGGUUUUUUGAAAUGGCGGACUGUGUCGGAAGACCCGUAUAUGGAUCAUGCAAUAAAAACAGACACAAACACACACAAACUAUUACCUGUUAUCAUCAUCAGCGAGGCGUCCGGGGGAUGUCGGCGGUAGUGGUCUAAAAAGAAUAUCUGUCUGAGUAUGGGGAUCCGAAACAAUCACAGAAUUUCAAAUCAUGCCAUAUGAUGUUCGUUACUGGACAAGGUCUGGCAGCGCCGAUAUGGAAACUCACGAGGGCUUCAGUCAUGGGCAUUUCUGUAUGAAUGCGUUGACGCGACGACCGCCUGGGCAAGACUGCAGUUUCAGGACUGAGUCUCUCUUCUCGAGUGGUAGUACAAUACCCCUGGCCAAGUCUAUCAUCUCCUCCGUCCCAUCUGUAUGGACGGAGACGGAAAACAGGGAAAGGAACAUGCGGUUAGAGGCACGAACGGGUGUUCACCAUGGCUGAUCCUCCGGACUCUAAUGUCAAUGUGGACUCGGCAAAAGACCGAGCCGAACGCUACAAGGAAACCAUUGGGCCAGUCAAAAAGAAGAGACCUCUUUUGAUCCUCUCACACAUCCAUGUCGGGGCGGAGAGGAGAGAGAGAAAUCGAGAGAUGAGAGAUCUGACCUAUCCUAACUAGUAUCUGAUGAUGCGCCAGUCGCUAUGCCAACCAUCGCACGUUUCCUCCAUGACUUCAUUCAUACCUUCAUGCCCUCAUGUCUGAUGCUCUGGCUAUUCACCGUGCUUUUGGUACUGUUUUUAUAAGAAGCCCU